CCGGAGCGAUGCGACGAGAAGGCGGAAGAUGGCAAAUGGGUCUCGGUUCAUUAUGCAGGCAAGCUCGCUGACGGCACGGAGUUCGACAACUCGUACAGCAGAAAUGACCCAAUUACCUUCCAAAUUGGUUCCAAUCGGGUAAUCCCUGGCUGGGAGGAAGGCAUUCGAGGCAUGUGUGCGGGGGAGAAGCGUCACCUGGAAAUCCCCCCUCAUCUGGGUUAUGGCGACGAGGGCAUCGGCCCCAUCCCAGGCGGCGCGACUCUGUUCUUUGACGUGGAGUUGGUUGGCAUCAGCGAAGAGCCC